AUUGCAGAUUGCGUUGCAUUUGUAGUAGUUAUAUGUAGGGUGCUGGCCAAUCCCAUUUAUGUCUACACCCUCUCCUAGUUUUCUUUCCUAAAUGACACACUGGCAUAUCCCAUGUUGCUAUUCCACGAACAGCGAGUAAUGAGGCGGCGGUGGUAAAGCAUGCUGCGAUUUUAUUCUCAGGCAAUAAUAACCAAUUGAUUGCACAUCUGUUGAUUGUACAUCUGUUUUGACACAAUGUUGCGCGUUGUUGUGGAAUCUGCGAAAGAUCUUCCAAAAAAGAAACUUGGGAGUCCUGACCCCAUAACAUCGAUUGUGUUUAAAGAUGAAAAGAAAAAGACAAAAUCAAUUGACAAUGAGUUAAAUCCGGUUUGGAAUGAAGUCCUUGAGUUUGAUUUGAAGGGGGCACCUUUGGAUUCUUCCUCAUUCAUUGAAGUUAUUGUGAAAGACUAUGAAACCAUUGGAAAAGACAGGUUCAUUGGCUCUGCAAAAGUCUCUCUGAAAGAUCUGGCAAGUGGCCAGUUGAAGUCCAUCCCUUCAAAGAAUUUACCCCUUCUAAGUGAAAAAAAUGAAAAUAUUGGAGCUACCAUCAAUUUAGUGAUCGGAUAUGAUCCUCCAGCUGGUGCCGUGCCAGAUCCAAACAGUCAGACGGAUGGCGGUACUGCAGGUGCUGGAGGAAAUGGAGGUGAUGGGGACGAGGGAGACGUUGCUGACGGAGGCCAGAUGGGGGACGGCUCCUCUCCUGGUCAGCCUGGUAACCCCAACCAGAGGCUCUCGGGGAGAACCAGGAAAAGGCACAAACAGUUAGCUAACAAACCUCAGGAUUUCCAGAUUCGUGUCCGCGUUAUCGAAGCUCGACAGUUGCCUGGAAACAACAUCAAGCCUGUCGUCAAGGUUAACAUCUGUGAAGAGACGCAUCGAACAAGGAUCAAGAGAGGAAACAACCCCUAUUUUGAUGAGAUGUUUUUUUACAACAUGAACAUGUUGCCCUCGGAGUUGUUUGAUGAAUAUAUCAUCAUACGGGUGUACGACUCCUCCUCCCUGAGGGCGGACAGCCUCAUGGGGGAGUUUAAGAUGGACAUUGGAUAUGUCUACGAUGAGCCAGCUCACGCCAUCAUGAGGAAGUGGCUCCUGCUGAACGACCCGGAUGACUCCAGCUCCGGGGCUAAGGGGUACCUCAAAGUCAGCAUGUUCAUCGUCGGCACGGGGGACGAGCCUCCGGUGGAGAGCAGGGAAGUGAACGAGGACCGGGACGAUAUGGAGAGCAACCUGCUGCUUCCGGCCGGGGUUACGCUGCGCUGGAUCACGCUGACGCUGAAAGUGUUCCGGGCUGAGGACAUCCCCCAGAUGGAUGAUGCUUUUGCACAAUCUGUCAAGGCAAUAUUUGGGGGGGAUGGAGACAAGAAGAACCUGGUGGACCCCUUUUUAGAAGUCCAGUUUGCUGGCAAAAAGCUUUGCACUAAAAUACUUGAGAAGAAUGCCAAUCCGGAGUGGAACCAGAUGCUCAAACUGCAGGUCAAGUUUCCAUCUAUGUGUGAGCGCGUCAAACUAACAAUCUUUGACUGGGACCGCCUGACGAGGAACGACGCAAUAGGAACAACAUAUUUAAAUCUGACUAAAAUAGCGGCAUCUGGUGGCGAGGUCGAAGACACACAUUCGGGAUAUGGGUCUUCUUCAGAAUAUGGACGUUUUGGGACAACUGGGGAGUCAGAAGUUGGGUUCCUGCCUGCCUUUGGGCCGUGCUUUGUUAACUUUUAUGGAAGUCCCAGAGAAUUCACCGGUCUUCCUGACCCUUAUGAGGAACUGAACUUUGGGAAGGGUGAAGGCGUGGCCUACAGAGGUAGAGUUCUCAUUGAGCUUACCACUGCACUUGACGGGAAGGCCGACAAGCCUGUGGAUGACAUCCCGAACGAUGACAUUUUGGUGGCACAGAAAUACCAGCGGAGGAGGAAGUACUGUUUGUGUGUGGUGUUCCACGGUGCCUACAUGCUGCAGGAACCAGGGGAACCCAUCCAGUUUGAAGUCAGCAUCGGAAACUAUGGCAACAAGCUGGAUGCAACCUGCAAGCCCCUGGCAUCAACAACCCAGUACAGCUGUGCUGUGUUUGAUGGUAACCACUACUACUACUUGCCAUGGGCGAACACAAAACCCGUUGUCGUUCUCACAUCAUUUUGGGAGGACAUAAGCCACCGUCUGGACUCAGUGAACAUCCUUCUGUACAUCGCCGAGCGGCUGCAAUCUAAUAUCACCUCUUUGAAGACUGCUAUUCUUGCGAAGGCCACAGAAGCUCGGCUGGCAGAGAUCUGGCUGAAGCUAGUGAACCAAGUAAUUGAGGACCUCAGCAGCUGUCAAAUGCCGGAUCUGGAGGGGAAGCCUAAUCUGACGGCCCUGGACAUUCAGAAGAAGAAGCUCCGGGACAGCGGCCUGGACUUGAUCCGAGUCGGGGCGCUGCGGAUGAAGGAGGAGGCCACCAAUGUGAAGGAGACGCUGGGGGAGAUCGAAGGCUGGCUGGACAGGCUGAAGGAGCUGGCCGAGGAGCCCCAGAACAGCAUGCCUGACGUCAUCAUCUGGAUGCUGCGCGGGGAGAAGAGGGUGGCCUGCGCUCGAGUCCCAGCCAAUAAAGUGCUGUACUCCACCUACAGCGAGAAGGCAUGUGGGCAGUACUGCGGCAGGACUCAGACCGUCUUUCUGCAGUACCCCAUGGACAAAGACAAAGGAUUGAAGGUUCCAGUUCAGGUCCGGGUCAACAUGUGGAUGGGCCUGUCUACUCAUGAGAAGAAGUUCAACAGCUUUUCAGAGGGAACCUUCAGUGUCUUUGCAGAACUGUAUGAAAACCAGGUCGAGAUGUUCGGGAAGUGGGGAACCACUGGUCUGGUGGGUCGCUACAAGUUCUCUGACGUAACUGGCAAGUUGAAGCUGAAGCAAGAGUACUUCCUGCCCCCUAGUGGCUGGCAGUGGGACAGCGAAUGGUUCGUGGAUCCAGAGAAGACAUUGCUGACGGAGGCCGACGCGGGGCACACGGAGUUCACGGACGAGGUCUUCGAGAACGAGACGCGCUUCCCCGGGGGGGACUGGAAGGCUGCCACCGAACCUUACACCAACGUGAACGGGGAGAAGAUGCCAGGCCCCAACGAACUCAAGUGUCCUACAGGCUGGCAGUGGGAGGACGCCUGGAGUUUCGAUGUCCACCGAGCCGUGGAUGAACAAGGCUGGGAGUAUGGUGUUACCAUUCCCCCUGAUGAUAAACCCAAGUCCUGGGUGUCGACAGAAAAGAUGUACCACGUUCACAGGAGGAAGAGGAUGAUCAGGCUACGUAAGAGGAUUCCAGGCGUCAGUUCGCCAGUUGAGAAGAGGGAUCAGGAUGAGAUGGAGGGCUGGGAGUACUCGUCUCUGAUUGGCUGGAAGUUCCACAGGAAAGAACGUUCUUCGGACUCCUUCCGCCGCAGACGCUGGCGAAGGAAGAUGGCUCCCGCCGAAAUGCUGGGAGCUUCUGCCAUCUUCAAACUGGAGGGGGGGCUGGGGGUUGAUCACGAUGAAUCAGAGAAAGAGGAUGCUACAAAACUGUUCGGUGCCAACACGCCGACCGUUUCUUGCUGCUUUGACAGGACACACGUGUACCAUCUCAGGGUUUAUGUUUACCAAGCUAGAAACCUCAUCGCAAAGGACAAAGACAGCUUUUCAGAUCCAUAUGCCCAUGUGUCCUUCGCACAUGUGAGCAAAACGACAGAGACCAUAAAGGCUACCUUGAACCCAGCAUGGGACCAGACCCUUAUCUUCGAUGACGUGGAAAUAUAUGGGGACCCUCAGACCAUUGCCCAGGACCCACCCAACGUGGUCCUCGAGCUCUACGACAGUGACCAAGUGGGUAAAGACGAGCUGCUAGGCCGGAGCAUGUGCCCCCCCCUGGUGAAUCUGAACCCCAGCAUGGAAGUGUCCCCCAAACUGCUGUGGUUCCCUGUCAUGCAGAGGGGGGAGCGUGCUGGGGAGGUGCUCGUGGCUGCUGAGCUCCUUCUGAAAGUCAAGGGAAAUGAGGCUGACCUCCCCAUCGUGCCUCCCAAACGGGCUGAGAACCUGUACAUGGUCCCCCAGGGGAUUCGACCUGUGGUGCAGCUCACAGCCAUCGAGAUUCUGGCCUGGGGUUUACGCAACAUGAAAACGUACCAGCUGGCCGCAGUGUCCUCCCCCAGUCUCAUCGUAGAGUGCGGAGGGGAGAUGAUUGAGUCGGCGGUCAUCAAGAACGUAAAGAAGAGCCCCAACUUCCCUGGAUCUGUUCUCUUCCUUAAAGUGCUUCUUCCCAAAGAGGAGAUGUACACGCCUCCUAUUGUGUUGAAGGUGAUUGACCACAGGCCUUUCGGGAGAAAGCCCGUCGUAGGACAGUGCACCAUCUCCUCCCUGGAAGAUUUUCGCUGUGAUCCCUACACCACCAAGGCUGAAGUAGCCAUGACAUCUAAAGUGGCUCUCAUGGCAGCCAAGGACAAGGACUGCGUCGUUGAAAUGGAGGACAGACGGCCUCUCUUGGCAGCUCAGUUUACGCACAGUAUGUCAGCAGCUGUCAGCAAAAUGACCUCCACUUCUGUCCAUCUUCAAGCAGAAAAGGAAAAAGAAACAGUGGAUUGGUGGAGUAAGUUCUAUGCCUCCACUGGAGACCAUGAAAAGUGCAUGCCGUACCUGCAGAAAGGAUAUGAUACCUUAAAGAUUUAUGACUGCAACCUCGAGGAUGUUCCCGAGUUUCGGGGGCUCACCGACUUCUGUGAGACCUUCAAACUGCAGAGGGGCAAGUCGGGCGACAAGGACGACGACCCGAGUGUGGUGGGAGAAUUCAAGGGGUCCUUCAGGGUGUACCCUCUGUCAGAUGACCCUGGCGUUCCUGCUCCCCCUCGUCAGUUUCGAGAGCUGCCUGACAGUGGACCUCAGGAGUGUUUGGUCAGGAUCUACAUCAUCCGUGCCCUUCAGCUGCAGCCCAAGGACAACAACGGCAUGUGUGAUCCGUAUAUUAAGAUCUCUAUGGGCAAGAAAACAGUUGAAGACCGAGAUCACUACCAGCCAAACACCCUAGACCCAGUGUUUGGAAGAAUGUUUGAACUUUCCUGCUUCCUUCCUCAAGACAAAGAUCUGAAAAUCUCCAUCUAUGACUACGAUUUGUUGAGUCGUGAUGAGAAAGUCGGGGAGACCGUGAUUGAUCUGGAAAAUCGGUUUCUGUCUCGCUUUGGUUCAUAUUGUGGGCUACCCCAGACAUACUGCAUCUCUGGGAUAAACCAAUGGCGAGACCAGCACAAACCCUCUCAGAUCUUGCAGAAUCUGGCUAGGCUGAGAGGAGUCCCACCGCCCUUCACGGGAGACAAUGGCAACACGUUAACUUUCCAAGGCCAAGAGUACAGCCUUUCUGAAUUUGAAGCCAACAAGGAGAUCCACCAGCACUUGGGCCCGCCCAACGAGCGCAUCGCUCUGCACGUGCUCAGAACGCAGGGCCUGGUGCCCGAGCACGUGGAGACCAGAACGCUGUACAGCAGCUUCCAGCCGACGCUGUCUCAGGGAAGGGUUCAAAUGUGGGUGGACAUAUUCCCAAAAAGCCUCGGCAUCCCCGGGCCCCCCUUCGACAUCGCGCCCCGCAAAGCGAAAAAGCAUUUCUUGCGUGCCAUCAUCUGGAACACAACCGAUGUCAUUUUGGACGAAACCAGCAUCACCGGGGAGCACAUGAGUGACAUCUACGUCAAAGGGUGGAUGCCGGGAAUGGAAGAGGACAAGCAAAAGACUGACGUCCACUACAGGUCCCUGGAUGGAGACGGAAAUUUCAACUGGAGAUUAGUUUUUGGCUUUGACUACUUGCCUGCUGAACAGCUGUGCCUCGUGUCCAAAAAAGAACAUUUUUGGAGUCUUGACAAAACCGAAUUCAGGAUACCCCCGAGGCUGAUUGUUCAGAUUUGGGAUAACGACAAAUUCUCACUGGAUGACUACUUAGGCAGCAUUGAACUGGAUUUGCAGAACUUGAUCCCCCCAGCCAAGACGUCAGAAAGGUGCAGCUUGAAAAUGCUCCCAGAUCUGGGCGGAGCUGCCCCUCCCAAAAACGACCUCACGAAAUCACUGUUUGCUCAGAAGUCUGUCAGAGGCUGGUGGCCAUGCAUGAUUGAGAAAGACGGAAACAAAGAGUUGGGCGGAAAGGUUGAGAUGACUCUGGAAAUUGUGACUGAGAAAGAUUCUGAGGAGAAGCCUGCUGGAAAAGGAAGGGAUGAACCCAACAUGAACCCAAAGCUGGAUCCUCCUAAACGUCCGGAAACAUCUUUCUUUUGGUUUACGAAUCCCUGCAAAACCAUGAAAUUCAUUGUGUGGCGCAGAUUCAAAUGGCUCUUCAUUGGACUCAUCAUUCUCAUACUGGUGGGACUCUUCAUUGCCAUCCUCCUGUAUUCCUUACCGAACUAUGUUGCCAUGAAAAUUGUCAAUCCUAAAUAAGGACAAAUGGAAGAGGCUUCAACUCGAGCACAAUGGUGACAAUCAAGAGUCAUCGGUCACAAUGACAAAUGUUUUAGUCUCGACCACAUAGUGAACUGUGUACAUUUGUUCCUGGAAAACUGGUCCUUUUUGUUGAUGAAACGUGCCUUACAUGUACACAGUUCAAUGUAUUUCUUGCUCUCAUUUUGCUAUAUUGAUUUUGGUAAACAUGUAUCGAAACCGAUGGAACAUUCUAAUUGCACUAUUCUUAUUGUUACUAGUUUCAUGUUGAACGCUGUUCAUGAAAAAUCAUCUGGAAACUUCUGUAUUGAAACCAAUAUCACAACAGUAUGUAAUUUGUAAAGGCACAGUAACACAUCAGCCAUGUUUUAUGAACUAUGAUUUUGUCUUUAAGGGUGUUUUUAAAAAGUAUGCAUUCUUGUGAGUUUUAAAAUCUGAGAAAAGUAUAUUAAAGUAACACUUAUGAUCAUUAAUGUCUUAACGCAAAUUGUAAAAUAUAAGAUUGAUUAAAACGAAUGGCUAAUGAACUGAUAACCACAAUAAAAUUUCAUUGAUGGAUAAAGUG